AUCUCCACGCCUGAUGACUCCUUCUUUAUUCACUCAUUAUCGUCCAAGCCCAGUUUCAUCCAGCGGAACCGUAAACCUCAAAUACCAUAAGACGAAACUUAGCGCCCUAAGAUACCCAGUGCACACAUCAGCUCGAGUCCUUGAGCGUUGGAUUCGCAACCAUGUGUGUCAACUUUGGAUAUCGUACGCUCUGCGAUCAUUGCUAUGAGCACAUGAAUUGGAAGUUCCUUCGACGGGUCGAAUGUCAAAAGUUCAAGGCGACCGGCUCGUGCCGUCAAGUGCACUGGAUCAAAGACAAGUCCUGGAUCAAGCGGAAGAGACAGAGCUGGGUGUGCCAGGAUGCCUGUCAAGGACCCAAGACCAGGGAGACGGCCGAAGACCAGCUUCUAGUCCAUACUGGAGAAACGUUGGCCCAGUCCCGACGAUCUGCCUACGACGUGGGUCGAGCUGCAUGGAGGGAUGCUCGAUCGGCUUGA